ACCACCACUAAUCAACUCACCACCUAGCUAGCCGGCCAUGGCUUCACCUCCAUGGGUUCGCCUUCUGCUGCUCCUGGCCGUCUUCGCCGCUUGCCACGCCCGCCGAUUUAUUGAAGAAGACGUCGAUGGCAGCAUGACCACCCAGCCCCUGCGGCCAUCUGUAAUCUCAUGCUCAACUUCCGGCAACUACACGGACAGGAGCCCGUAUCAUGUGAACCUCUACCGGCUCCUGUCAGCCGUCCCCAUGGCUGCCGACUCCAACGGCUUCUUCAACGGCACGUUCGGUGUGGCAGGUGACGAGGUUUUUGGCCUUUUCAUGUGCUACGCCAGCGACACGGACCCUGAGUGCCAGGACUGCCUCGAUCGCGCACCUGGAGGUAUUAUGAGGCUGUGCCCCCGCAGCCGUACAGUUCGCGCCGUCUACAAAUCCUGCACCCUCCAAUACUCCAGUGAGUCCUUCUUCUCUGUUGCUGACCUUUCCAUCACCGACAGCGUCGACCUUUCUUUUCCACCCCAGCCUGAACAAACCGCCUACCAAAGCCAGUACGACCGACAGGCUUACGAAAAUUGGGACAACGGAGUUGUACUUGUAGGAUACGUCGUGGACACGGCUGGAUUGAGCCAGACGAGGUUCCAGCUGAUUCGUCGGCUCACAGUGAAGGCCGGCCAAGUGGCCAUGCGGAUUGCGGAGGGUACACAGCAGUUCACCGACGCGCAGUGGGUGCGGGCAGUAGUGCAGUGCACAAGGGACCUGCCAGCGAGCGAGUGCACUCGCUGCCUCUCCAACUACACCGAUCAGCUACCACGAAUGUUCCCGAACAACAGCGGCGGCGCCAUCAAAGGGCCGAGCUGCUACCUUCGUUAUGCCAUCCUGGCCAACAAACCACGGACGGUGCGGCUGGAGAGAUAUCGGUAUAGUGAGCAAUAUGAGAAAGAGAUGGUGGAGCGUGAAUCUUAUCGUGAGAGGGAGAGAGUGGCACAGCGACGAAAGGUGGUUACCAUCGCCAGUGUUGUUACCAUCUCCGUGGUGCUAGUGGUGUGCCUGAUCGUCAUGUUGGUUUGGUUCCUGAGACACCGGUGGCGAAAAUGGGUGGUACUGGCCAGGGUUGCCAUGAGAUCAUACCUGGAGAAAUUGCUGAAACUGAUGGCUUACUACCGUGGCAAAAGGGUAUAUCAAGAUGAGCUCGACCAAGGUACUGCCCCAGGCGAUUCACAUACAAUGAGCUCGCAGCAGCCACCGAUGGCUUCUCCAGCCAAAACAAGCUAGGCGAAGGAGGAUUUGGGUGCGUGUACAGGGGGUUCCUCAAGGAUACACACCUACACAUCGCCGUGAA